AUGAAUGGAAGAGAUGGGCUCCUUUGGAAGAAUUACAAAUUAAACAGUAGUAGUUUACGGCUAAUUUUGAUUGGAUCGCUAUUUACAGCAUCUAGCUAUGUUCUAGGGCCUUCAAUUAUAAGUUGGUUAUUUCCCAGACGAAAGGCAGCGAAUAAACGUUCAAAACGGCUAGAUCAGUAUACUACAGGAUUGUUUAACAGUGGCAACUAUUGUUUUGCAAAUUCAUCUGUACAAGCUCUUGCCUCUUUGCCUCCGCUUACCGUUUAUUUGAAUGGAAUAUUCAAGGCAAUGGAAGAUAUUUACAUAUUGCUUAAGGAGGAGUCAGACGACCAAGAAACUGUGCAACUUGGCGAAACAGAAGACCAAGGAGAUGACCUUUGUUGGGAAUUGAGAAGUUUACAUGGGAUCGAUUUUCGUAUGCAUAUUGCACUUGGUAAAGUUUUACACAAUUUACAGCAACCUAUUAAAUCACCGAGAAACGCAUCACUAUACGAACUGCUUAGUACAAUAGAAGAAAUUCAUCAUUGCCGCAUAUCUUCAUAUCAACAGGAUGCCCAAGAGUUUUCACAGCUACUAAUAGAGACAUUGGAAAAUGAAUUUAACAGGUUUAAAAAGUUCUUAAGCGAAAAUGUCAAUAGGACUGAUGCAGUUAGCUUGCCUCUUUUUCCCUUCAACGGCUUUAUGGCGAAUAGUAUUGUAUGCAUGAAAUGCAAUAGAUCUGCUCGGGUCAAGCUACAACCGUUUAACAUGUAUUUGCAACAGAUACCUCAAACAACAAGUGUUUUGCUUGAAACACUAAUUCAUGACAGCCAGGCGGAAAUUAUAGAAGAUUACUCUUGUUUAGUUUGCAAACUUAAUGAAAUAUUUGCAAAUGAACGGCAACAUGGUCUUGAUAACAAGAAUGAUAGCGAUAAAUCCCUUCUUCAAGAGCUUGAUAGAGUUUUUCCAACUUUAGCUAUUAAUGACUACCUUCCAGAUCCAUUGGCCACAUUUGUUUCCAGCUAUAGCAUGAAUAGGGUCUCUUUCACCCACACUAAAUCAAGAAUUGUUAAGAAAACAGUUCUUGUGAACUCUCCUGAGGUACUUAUAAUCCAUCUUUCUCGAUCCGUAUUUAACGGUUACUCGCAUUCCAAGAAUAAUUGUAAAGUUAACUUUGAAGAAUACCUCAAUGUAAAAGAGCAGAUUAUCGAGAGCUCUAAAUGUGUCGGUGUACUUUCUGUUCGCUAUAAACUAAUGUCGGUAACGGUUCAUAGUGGUACACACACACGAGGGCAUUACCAAUGUUACAGGCGGAAACCCAACUUUGAAAGGGACUGCAAAACACCCAGUAAAUUCAUGAGUUCUGCUGCAGUUUUCCUUCCCUCCCUACCGAAGAAUCAUUCUUCACAUUCAAAUGCCGAUAUUGACAGUAUUGAAUCUAACACCAAUCAUAAUAACGUGAUGGACAACGGGAGAGAAACAUCAUUUGAAAAGGAAGCAAAGCGAUCAAUGAAUAACCAGACGUUGAGUGAUCCACCAAAGUUAUCUCCGAUACCUCAUGCAUUUCAUAAUCACACCACAUACCCCUCUACUAAAUGUUCUUCAUAUUCGUCAAAUGUGACAAAUAAUGUUUCGUCUCAACCGUUAACCAGCAUUGAAUUAGCCAGCUCUGCACUAUCUGAUUCUCUGUCAGAUAGCCAUCAGCGGUUAUCAUCCACGGAUAUCUUGGCUGCAUCUCCUCCUAAUAACAAGAGGAGCGGUAAAACUCUCAAAAUCGCUUCUACUCUUCCAUGGUGGAAAAUAUCAGACACUAAAGUAUCUGAACACAAGCUAACAACCCUUUUAUUUGAAACUAAGAAUGUUUACAUGCUUUAUUAUCAGCGCAUACAGGCCUAG